AUGUACGGCAAAAAGAUCCGACUACGAAGAAAGCUGGAAGAACUCGCCGACAAGGCCAUCAGCGAAGACAACCCGUUCACGUGGACAUCGAUUGUCAACGGGCACUUCUUCGACUACGGGCUCGAGGACGGGCUUCUGCAUUUCAACCUUGACACGCAUGUAGCGCAGCUUCUCGACGGAGGCAGCAUUAGGGCGUCCACGUCGACGCUGCCUCGUGUGGCCGAGGCGGUGGUGCGGGUAUUACAACGGCCCAACGAGACACGCAACCGUGCCAUCUACGUGCAGAGCUUCUGCCCGACGCAGCUCGAGAUACUCGCAGCAUUGGAGCGCGCGACAGGCACCCAGUGGCGUACGGAACACAUUGACUCCAAAGCGUACCUCGAGGAAAACAGCAAGCUGCUAGCGACAGACUAUCACAAGGCUAGUUUUGGGAUUGUCUUUGUGCUGGGAACCACGGAUGCAGACUGGACGCAACGGGAAGGGUUUGCGAUGGAGUUGCUUGGACUGAAGGACGAGAAUCUUGACGACGUGGUGGCUGCCGUGGUAGCCAAGAACAGGGCAAAGGCCGAUGCUACAUAG